AUGCUCUGUCUCCUGAAGGAAGUGACCAGGUGCAAUCACUCCACUGUGACUGAGUUUGUCCUGGAAGGAUUAACACACCAGCCAGAACUCCAGCUGCCUCUCUUCUUUCUGUUUCUAGGCAUCUACGGGGUCACUAUAGUAGGGAACCUGGGCAUGAUCCUCCUGAUUGCUUUCAAUUCCAAGCUCCAGUCUCCCAUGUACUUUUUCCUUGGUAAUUUGUCAUUUAUAGAUCUCUUUUAUUCCUCAGUUGUUACCCCCAAACUCCUGGGAAACUUUUUAUGGGAGAAAAAUUAUAUUUCUUAUCCUGGAUGUAUGACUCAGCUCUUUUUCUUUUGUGUUUUUGCUAUUGGAGAGUGUUUUAUGCUCUCUGCCAUGGCAUAUGACAGAUAUGUAGCUAUCUGCAGUCCUCUGCUCUACAAUGUCACCAUGUCCCAGAAGGUUUGCAAUGUCUUGGUGACCGGGGUCUAUACCAUGGCAAUAGCUGGAGCUUUAGCCCAUACACUGGCCAUGGCGAAGGUCUCCUUCUGUGGGGACAAUGUCGUCCACCAUUACUUCUGUGACAUAGUUCCUCUUCUGAAGAUCUCGGGCUCCAGCACAAACCUGAAUGAGCUUAUGGUGUUAUUCGUAGGUGGAUUUGAUAUGCUAAGUACAACUGGGACCAUCAUCGUCUCUUAUGCCUUUAUUAUUGCCAGCAUUCUUCGAAUCCCCUCUGCCGAGGGCAGAUCCAAAGCCUUUGGUACCUGUGGAUCUCAUUUUACAGCUGUUGGGAUAUUUUAUGGAUCCAUCACAUUUAUGUAUUUUAAGCCAUCUGCAAGCAGCAGCAUGACCCAGGAGAAGGUAGCUUCUGUGUUCUACACCACAGUCGUCCCCAUGCUGAAUCCCCUGAUCUACAGCUUGCGAAAUAAGGACGUAAAGAAUGUGCUGAGAAAAGUCUUUGGGAAGAGGUAA